AGGUCCCUACCGCCCCCAGCAUGAUGUUUGGCUCUACGCAUUGACGUUCUUCGAUUCACCUCGCACACAGUCCGUGCGUGUUAUGUCACAAGUGAUCAUUCGAUAUCGAUGGUGAGCCUUGGUAGGCCUUGAUGAAAAGCCUAGCAGUUUUACUUACUUCUAUAUCGUCAUCAUGAGGACGAAAUGUGCCCGUUCUCGUGGUACUGGUGUAGAUCGAUUUACAUCUCAAGUCUUCAUGUCAAACAAGCUUCAUUGUCGCGCUCUUGCCGACCAAAAUGAAAGAUCCGAUCCUUUCCCGACACGUUUUCCUGUUGAAGGAGCGAUCGACAAUUUGCAAUAAAAAUACCUCCUACAACUGCCACUUUCUACCAACUUUUCUUGACGGAAAACGACCUCGAUCGUCCUGUUUGGCGAACUGAAACUGAUAUUCGAAGGAUCAAGACCGUCAUGCCUCCGUCGACGCCAGCUGCCUCUUCGGGUCCUUCCCCUGAGACCACGAGUGUUGCAUCCGGUCGCGGUUCAGUACCAAGCGGGAAACCGCCAACGCUUGCUGCGCCCGCGAGUGGAGCAGGAACUGCUUCGAAGACCUCGUCCUCAAGAGCGGGCCUCAUCUCGAGCUGGUUUCAUUCCGCAAGUAUCCUGUGCAAAUGUAGCGUGUUCGUACUAGUUGUAACUACACUUCUGCAACAGCAACAGUGGCAAACAAACUUGCAUGCUUUGUUGUCUAUUAUUUCCAAUUUCGUUCUCUGAUACCGAUUGUGUUUGUGGAAAAAGUUUUAUUGUCUUGCAAUUACGACUAGAACGAUUUUGUUGCAUUGCAUAUCAAGCUCGAGCACGUCUGCAGGAGGUUCGCGGUCAUCGAAGUCGAAAUCGCGAUCGGCUGACACGACGGAGAAGAACCCGGUGCCAACAGCACAAGGUGUAGUUGGUCCACCUCAGCCAGCGAGAACCUUCGUCGACCAAUUGCUCGAUUUCCCCCCGAGGGAACAGGUACGGCUGCUGGUGAAUUUUCUGAAGAAGUGCGAUCUGCAGACGGUGCGACACGUGUGCACAGACGCGGAAGUCCUGCGCAGGCUGGACAAUUCCGGGGGGAGUUGGGUAGAUGCUGGUUGGGGAAGUGCCAGAACUUCUACCGCGUCUUCACAGGAAGAGCAACAUCUUGUGAAGGGUGUGGUGGGAAAGAACGCGCUGAAUUCGGCGAGAACAAACGUGAACAGUCGGAUUUUGGCCCAGUCUGUCACGGCGCACGUGUUUCAUAGUUGUGAAAGCCUUCGGCUCCAAGAACAAAGCGCAACUGUAAGCGGUUCAUCCAGGAGCAAAAGUUCUCACACUGUCGACUCAGGUGGAGCAGUAGUUCAUCUGCCGCCUCCACUGGCUUCACCGCUCGCGGUAGGAGACGCAGCACGAGGUACUGGUGGGGUAGGAAGUUAUAGUUCCUCCGCGCAUCCCCAUCCGCAUCCGAACCCCACUGGCCUGUCGCACAGUCAGCAAACUCAAUCUCCCUUCUCGUUCAACGCGAAGCCACGGUCUGCGUGGACCCUGAAAAACCGGCUAAAGCAUUCCGUCGCGAAAUUUCGCGUCGGGAGCAGUAACAGCUCCAGUUCGAGUAGCAAACAUUAUACUGGUGGCAACUACAAAUCUACUUCCGGUGCUGCGAAGGAACAGAAAAAGAAACAUGCCGGUGAGAAAAAUGACACCAUGGAAAAGAUGAUGGAGGAACUGUCUGACAAUUGGAUCCUGGUCCUAUCAGAGGACGAGCUCCUGUCUCUGGAUUCGCCGCAACUUCCGGAGUGCACGGAAGCGCAGUUGCGCGCGUGGAACGACGCUGGAAUAAUUGCGCCCGAUUUUUUUGGAAUCAUGUUUCAAGGAGAUAGUAACCAAGAAGAUUCGCAACUUCACAUCAAUACUGAAAAGCUGAGCAAAAUCCGGCAGCUGUGCUACGAGUUCGGCAUUCCAGGGGACCGCAGAGCGAGACUAUGGCAGGAGCUGUUGAGGUGGCACGCCGGCAGAACAACUCCUGGCACGACCCGUGGCGCACCUGAGAUGAUACCGGAGCAAGUCGAGAGAAGCAGAAUUUAUCCCAGACAGCUAUCGUUGUUCGAACGAAAGUACGGGUCCGCGGUCGUGGAAGAGUUGCAACUUUUUCAAAAAGCGAGCGCGCAAGCGAGUCCAGCGACGUCUUCGUUCGACACGGGGACAGGACCAGGGCGAGAAGAAGGCGAGCCUCCGCAUGUCGAUAACAUGAUAAGCUCCUCCGUCACGGCCACUGCCACAUCAUCGCAGUCGUAUCAGAUCCCGAACUACGUAGUGCGGCAAAUCGAAGUUGAUCUCCCUCGCACGCUGCCGAAGGCGCUAACGGAGGACUGGCAGCGCGACGCCGUGCGAAAGAUUCUGAAAGCCUACUGCGUUUUCAAUCCCGUCAUAGGGUAUUGCCAAAGCAUGAACGUGAUUGCAGGCGUUUUGGUAUUCUUGCACUCCGAUUUCCGGCACAUCAACAGUCCUCUCAAGGAGAACUGCACGACGGGAGGUGCAGCUGUCACAUCCACUAAGAGCAGUCACGAAGAUCUCGUCAUCGUGGAAGCGGCAGAUGCAGCUGCCAUGAGUAGUGACGCACACGAAGCACGACCAGCUGAACAGCAACAACGUCUUGCAUCGCCAAGCGGAACAAUGGCCCUCGCACAUCAGGAAACAACUGUACACGACCAGAAGCAGUCCAAGGAAGAGCUGGAACAAGAACAGGUCGUGCAUCUACUAUCAGAUCCCUUCGCGGAAGAGCGGCAACAGGAGUUUGAUUUGUUUUGCGAGAUUCUGCAGCAUCUGACGCCCAACUACCAUUCUGUGAGCAUGAAGAGUCUGAUGGUGGACAUCAACGUGUUGGAGAAGUUGAUGCAGGAACUAUGCCCGAAGUUUCUGCAGAAAAUUCAUGCGGCGAACCUCGACCUCCUGUUUUUCGCGGUCGACCCCUUCCUGUGUUUGUUCGGUCACACUUUACCCCUUCCCGCACUGAUUCGGUGCUGGGACGUGUUCAUCCUAGAGGGUCCGAAGGCGAUGUUCGCUCUGUUCAUUGCUCUGUGCGCCAUGACCGUGGUGAACAUGAGUAAAGACCGCCCGACCUCCCAAAACGCGCCGGAUAAAAACGCCGGGCCGGAACGGCCAGAGGAGAUCAUCGGUCAAUGGGCGCGAGAGGUGCGCGAACUGGGGACAAUCGACGUGAAUGCGAUUUUGGUGAAGACACGGGCGUUCCUAGACACGGGAGCCAUUACUGCGGAAAAACUUGCGUUGUUGAGAAAACAGGACCCAAAUUUCGUAGCGCAGGAAGAUAGUUCGAAUUCAAAUUUUCUCUCUAACGCUACCAUGAAUCAUACAACUACUCCUGCGUUUUCAGGAACAACUACAACAUCAUCCCGGGGGGGAGGAACCAACUUUGACAUGAUCGAGAAGGCGGCCGCGAGCCUGCUUAAUGGCUUCAAGUAUUGAGAAGUUGGGAAGCAUUUUUGUCGACUGACAUCAACUUCUGUCUAAUUGGAGCGCCACUUUUGG